AUGGCUUCCUGCCGGUUACCCCCACCAGUUGAGAUACCCAACUCACCAAACACCGUCGAAGUCUACAUCAUCGACACAACGAGCUUCAUGAGUGGGUUUCCCGCCUCAACCUUUGUGGGACCUCUCGUACCAGGCUUCGACACAAUCAACGUGGGAUCAUACUCCUUCCUCAUCAAACAUCCCGGCUCUAAUACGAAAUAUGAUACCAUUGUAUUUGACCUCGGCGUGCGAAAGGAUUGGGAGAACCUCCCAGAGACCUUUGUCGCUGGUAUCAAGUCGAGUGGGUGUAAGAUCGAAGUACAAACAGAUGUUGCCUCGAUUCUGCGAGAGAACGGACAGAACCUAGAUGACGUUGGGGCUAUUAUUUGGUCCCAUUGGCAUUUUGAUCAUGCCGGUGACCCACAGACCUUUCCCAGAGCAACGGACCUUAUUGUUGGACCAGGGUUCAAGAGCAACAUGAUACCUGCUUAUCCAACUGUGAAGGACUCGCAUGUCAAUGAAACAGCGUGGGAGGGUCGAGAGUUAAUAGAGAUUGACUUCAAAGGACAAAGGGGUCUGAAAAUUGGCAAUUUUGACGCCUAUGACUUCUACGGCGAUGGAAGCUUUUAUCUCUUGAGUUCGCCAGGCCACGCAGUCGGGCACAUGUCUGCUCGGGCACAUGUCUGCUCUGGCUCGCACAACUGCUGA